UCCGUCUCUUCCUCCUCUCCACACCUCCACGGCUCUGCUCGGGCGGCUGCUGUAGUUUAGGCCCGCGCAGAGAGAGACGAGGGCUGCUCCCCUUUCGCCCCAGUCCCACACCGACCGCCGCACACCGCACCAUGGCUGCCACGGACGUAGACGUGUUUUCGAACGAGGAGAAGAGGAGCCUGAGCUUGGGCGGCCAUGUUGGAUUCGACAGCCUUCCCGAUCAGCUGGUCAGCAAAUCGGUCACACAGGGAUUCUGCUUCAACAUCCUCUGCGUAGGGGAGACGGGCAUAGGAAAGUCCACAUUAAUGAACACACUGUUUAACACCAUGUUUGAGAAUGAGGAGGCCAGUCACUACCAGAAUGGAGUCUACCUGCGACCUCGGACCUAUGACCUCCAGGAGAGCAACGUGCACCUAAAGCUCACCAUUGUGGACACUGUGGGCUUUGGGGACCAGAUCAAUAAAGAGGACAGUUACAAGCCCAUAGUGGACUACAUCGACACUCAGUUUGAAAACUAUCUUCAGGAAGAGCUCAAAAUCAAGCGGUCGCUGUUUAACUACCACGACACCAGAAUCCACAUCUGCCUUUACUUCAUCGCACCCACGGGACACUCACUCAAGUCUCUGGACCUGGUCACGAUGAAGAAACUGGACAGCAAGGUGAACAUCAUUCCAAUCAUUGCCAAAGCGGACACAAUCUCCAAAAGUGAGCUGCACAAAUUCAAAAUAAAGAUCAUGAGUGAACUGGUGUCCAACGGAGUCCAGAUUUAUCAGUUUCCCACAGACGAUGAGACGGUCAGCGAAAUCAACGCCUCCAUGAAUGCUCAUCUGCCAUUCGCCGUGGUGGGGAGCGUGGAGGAGGUCAAAGUGGGGAACAAAACUGUGCGGGCGCGACAGUACCCCUGGGGCGUGGUGCAAGUUGAGAACGAGAGCCACUGUGACUUUGUGAAGCUGAGGGAGAUGCUGAUCCGGGUGAACAUGGAGGACCUGAGGGAGCAGACUCACGCGCGGCACUACGAGCUCUACAGACGCUGCAAACUGGAGGAGAUGGGCUUCAAGGACACUGACCCAGACAGCCAGCCAUUCAGCCUGCAGGAGACGUACGAGGCCAAGAGGAAAGAGUUUCUGGGUGAUCUGCAGCGCAAAGAGGAGGAGAUGAGGCAAAUGUUCGUCAACAAAGUCAAAGAGACGGAGGCAGAGCUCAAAGAGAAGGAGAGAGAGCUCCAUGACAAGUUCGAGCAGCUGAAGCGCAUGCACCAGGAGGAGAAGAGGAAGGUGGAGGAGAAGAGGCGCGACCUGGAGGAGGAGAUGAACGCUUUUAACCGAAAGAAAGUUGCCGCGGAAACCCUGUCCUUAUCCCAGCCGCUCAAGAAGGACAAGGACAAGAAAAAUUAAUUUAUGGCUGCCGUUCACCUUUCCCACACACGGACACGGAUCUGUACUCCAUCACCAUAGAAACAGCAACACCUUUUUUUCUGUUUUUGAAUGAUAUUUUUGUUUUAUUUUAUUUGUAAUUUUUAUUUGGUUAACAUUCCAUCAUUGUGCACAUGGACCAAAGAGGAUGAUGAAGAUUCCACCUUCAUGGCCAUCUCAUGUCUUAAGUUUCAGCAUCUUUUGGACACUUUUGGACAUAUACUAUUUUUAUGCUGUUAUUUGUUUUUUGUUUUGUUUUUUUUCCCCUUUGACCACCACAAACAUGCAAAACUAAUGUAUUUCUUAUAUUUUCCUUUGUCACUGUAUUCACUCCUGGGCAUAGCAUUUGAAAUGAAGAAUGGAUUGUUUGGACUUAAAGGUGCACAAGCAUAACUUUUCUACUUAUGUGUAGGCCAGCAGCUUGUGUCCGUGUUAUUACUAUGGCCGGAAUAUUACAUAGUGUGGCAUUAAAGUUUUCUAGUAUAUAGCAGUGAAGCUCAACAGUGGCAGCCUGCUCCAAUUCAAGAAGUAAAUUUUAUAUUAAUUUUUCUCAGACUGUUUGAAAAAUUCUAAUAUUAAGAAUCAGCUACGUGGUAAUUAAUAUCCAUAACGUGGUUGCCCCAAAAAUGCAGUUUAAAACACAAUUUUCCAAAAUGCUUUAAUAACUUUACAAUUUAUAAAGUUUCAGAAACCAGUUUAAAUGAAGAAGAAAAAAAAAUAAAUUAUAGGUCUUGUGAUUAUUAGUCACCGCAGAGCUGAUUAGCCCUGAGCAAGCUUCUUCUUCUUUUUUUUUGGGAAAGUCUGAGAAAAAUUAAUGGGAAAUUUAGUUCCAGAAAUGGGGGGUAUAUAAAAUAAUAAAAUAAAAAUAAUGUAAUAGGCAUAAAAUGGAUUGAAAAUAAGAUUCAUUCUUACUGUGAGGGGUUGCCUUUCCACAGUUCUGACCUGUUACUUCUCCACAGACAUAGACAUCCUUAAUGCCAUGCUAUGGAGCAUUCCAGGUUAAACAAUGGCAUCAUCGUGGAGACCAGCAGGUGAUGUACUCUCCUGGAAAAGUGAUAGUGCUCUUUUUUUGUAAUAUGUGAUUUCUUUUUUUGAAAUAAUUUGGGUUAAAAUUUAAAAAGUUAUUAUUUUCAAAUGCUAUUACCAACCUAUUUUUGUAAACCUUACUCUAUGCAGUUCUUGUAUGAACCGAACCCAAACGCGUUAAAAGCAAUAAAACAGAGUACCAGUAUACUGUAGAUAUUAUAGUACAUAUACGUUGGUACUGACAUUGUACUCUUAUGCAAUACUCUGGUGCUGUUUUUGUAAUAACUCCUUACAUGUUUGUGAAUAUUUUUAGAGCUUUCCUAGCUUUGUAUGCAAAAUGUCUUAAUAUUUGGGUAAUAUAAGAAGCACAUAUGACAUUGGUGUACAUUGUCGUUUGAUAAGUAUAUUGUUAUAAUCGUGUGGGACCAUUUUGGACACACUCAACAUGAAGCCAGUAUGAAAAAAUACAAUAAAAAUAAAACCAGGAAGCCAUAUUUGAGUAGAUCUAAGACGAGAGCAGCUGUAUUUACUGUUACCGAUGGAAAUAAAUGCCCCUGUUUGA